GUUUCCUGCAGGUUUUUCGGGAAUUUUACGAACAGUUACUGCGGGCUCCCAGAGUUAAGUGGUGCUCCUGGAUACGCCACAUUUUUUUUACCUGUUCUUUAGGUUUUUAAUUCCCUUCAAUCAUGUCCGACGACGAAGAAGUCUACUCUGAAGAAGAGGAGGAGGAAGAAGUUGUUGAAACAAAAACGACCACCACCACCACUACCAAAGUCGAAGAACAACCAUCAGGCGAUCCAGAAUUCAUCAAAAAGCAGGACCAGAAAAGAUCUGAUUUGGAUGAACAAUUGCGUGAAUACAUUCAAGAAUGGCGCAAACAACGUGCCAAGGAAGAGGACGAACUCAAAAGACUAAAGGAAAAGCAAGCCAAGAGGAAGGUCACUCGUGCCGAAGAAGAAAAGAAAUUGGCCGAACGCAAGAAGCAAGAAGAAGAACGUCGUCAACGUGAAAUUGAAGAGAAGAAACAAAAAGAUAUUGAAGAAAAGAGAUUGCGUCUUGAAGAAGCAGAAAAGAAACGUCAAGCCAUGUUGCAAGCCAUGAAUGCUUCCAACAAGAAGGGACCCAACUUUACUGUUAGCAAGAGGGAUCCCAAUGCCGCCAACCUUUCACCCGCUCAAGUCGAAAGGAACAAGACCAAAGAACAAUUGGAAGAAGAAAAGAAAAUUUCCCUUUCAAUUCGUAUCAAACCUUUGAACAUCGACGGAUUGAGCGUGGACAAAUUGAGAGAAAAGGCCUCCGAAUUGUGGGCAGCCAUCGUCAAGUUGGAAACUGAGAAAUACGAUUUGGAAGAAAGGCAAAAGCGUCAAGACUAUGAUCUUAAAGAAUUGAAAGAAAGACAGAAGCAACAAUUGAGGCACAAAGCCUUGAAGAAGGGUCUUGACCCUGAAGCCCUUACCGGCAAAUACCCACCUAUGAUUCAAGUAGCCUCCAAAUAUGAACGUCGUGUCGACACGAGGUCGUAUGGAGACAAGAAGAAACUCUUCGAAGGUGGAUAUGUAGAUACUGUUAAGGAAAAUUCUGAAAAGGUCUGGAAAGAAAGGUUCGGCCAGUUCGAUUCCAGACAAAAGGCCAGACUACCGAAAUGGUUCGGCGAACGUCCGGGCAAAAAGGCCGGCGAUCCAGAAACGCCCGAAGGUGAGGAAGAAAAACAAGUCGUAGACGACGACGACCUUAAAGAACCAACCUUCGAACCUGAACCGGAAGAGGAGGAAGAGGAAGAGGAGAUUGAAGAAGAGGAAGAAGAAGAGGACGAGGAGGAAGAAGAGGAAUAAAUGCGUCGUUCUAUAAAGAGGUAUUCACACAAGUUGUAUAAUAUAUAAUCCAUCAGAGCCAGAUCAACGGACGUUAAUAUAUUAAUUUUUAAGUUAUUUUAAUUUCCAACAAUUACCUAUAUUUACCUACUUUGUCUUAUAUGUUAAUUGAAUUAAAAUAUCUGUUUUGUUGAAAAUAAUAAUAAAGUUAUAUUUGUAAUUGUAUCUGCUCUAUUGGGAGUUUUAUUUAUUUUAUUCUUUAUAAUUUUUAUUUAUGCUGUAAGAUUUAAUAAAAACUUAUUUGAGAAUCA